AGCCUAAACUGAGCUGUACGUAUGAAGGUGACCACGGCGCUCGUGGCGCUGUGCGUCGCUCUGUUGGCGUCCGUAGCAGGCAGCGAGGACGUAGAAGACGUCCAAAUAAGCCGCCACCUGCGCCAGGAGUUUGCCGCCAAGCCUGGAGAGACUGGAGGCGUGACGGACUCCACCAACCCGUUGCGGCGUCGGGACCAGGCCCUUGUGUCCUCGCACCGCGUGUACGACCCCGUGUCGGGACUCGCCUGCUCGCUGGUGGGGGAGUGCGUGGCCUGCCCCGAGUCCGAGAGCGACGAGAGCUUCUGCCGCGAGACGGGGUACCGCCAGGAGCUGGACUGCCCGCGGCCGAAGGACCCCAAGGACGCGGCGCUGCUCACCAACCCGGAGGACGAGCGCGAGACGAGGUUCAAGGCCUGCUCGCCUGCAGACACGGCGCGUCCAGGCGUUGCAGUGGUGAAAUUUGAGGCGGUGAUGGCGGCGGUGCUGGCGGUGUCGUUCAUGCUGCUGCGACGCGAGCGAGGGAACCACAUGAACUCGUUUGACCUGCGGAAGGACCCGCGGCAACGCGCCGGCUCCGACUAAAUUUCGUAUCCACGUGCGUAGUUAUCAGGCUUGCGGUGCUCAUUGCGAUUUUGCAUGCUGAUGGUUAUCUCUAGGGACUGCUCUCUACUAGGAUAGUAUGCACUACAGACUACCUAUGUUUCGCAAUUGGG